CUUCUUUCUCGGCUGCGGCGCGGCGAACUUCCCCAUCCCUCCUGGGCCGCGGGGGAGGAGCAGAGAGAGGCGGAAGUGAAAACAAGCCCCGCGGGACGCAGCCCCAGCCUCUCACAGGCGCUGCGAACUCCGUGCUCCUCGGCUCCGCGCGGCGGCUGCAGCCUCCCAGGCAUUUUAUUAUCUGGAAUUAGACCUUCAGCAUCCAACACCAUGAGCAACUACAGUGUGUCUUUGGUCGGCCCUGCUCCUUGGGGUUUUAGGCUUCAAGGUGGAAAAGACUUCAACAUGCCUUUGACCAUCUCUAGGUUAAACGAUGGUGGCAAGGCAGCUAGAGCCCAGGUCGGGAUAGGUGAUGUGGUUCUCACCAUUGAUGGGACAAGUACAGAUGGGAUGACUCAUCUGGAAGCACAAAACAAGAUCAAGGCCUGUACAGGCAACUUGAACAUGAAUCUGCAAAGAGCGCACUCUGCACCAAAGCCUGAUCCUGUUCCUGUACAAAAGGGAGAACCAAAAGAAGUAGUUAAGCCUGUGCCUAUUGCAUCUGCUGUUGCACCCAAAGUCACUUCCACAGUGAACAUGGCCUACAAUAAGACACCAAGGCCAUUUGGAGCUGUACCUUCCGCAAAAGUCACUUCCAUUCCAUCACCGUCAUCUGCCUUCACCCCAGCCCAUGCGACUGCUCCAUCAUGUGCUUCCCCUCCACCAUUGGCCACUGUCACACCUCCCCCAUUCACUGCAUCUGGACUGCAUGUUAAUGCCAAAUCCAGUACUGACCAGCGUUCACCUGCACUGAAUGCUGCUAAAACUGCAGUUAAUGUCCCAUGGCAGCCCAACACAUACAAUACAACCCUGAACACGUAUUCCAACGACAAUGCUCAGGAUGUGGCAGAGGGACAAAGAAGAGGAUUCAAAGAGAGCCAGGUUGACAAUAAGCAGCAAAAUGGUCCACCAAGGAAGCACAUUGUGGAUACCUAUACAGAGUUUUCCCACACACCCACUCAUAGAGAUGCCAGCAAAAAACGAUUGAUUGAAGAUACUGAAGACUGGCACCCGAGGACAGGAACUACCCAAUCGCGUUCUUUUCGGAUCCUUGCCCAAAUCACCGGCACUGAACACAUGAAAGAACCAGAAACCGAGACUACAAAGAAAACAAAGGAGAGUCAAACAGAAAAUGGAGACCCCAGCAUGUCUGCAGAUCUACCUAAUGGAAUAGAAGCCCAGAAUUCCUCUUUAGAUCUAAAUAAACAUUCAGUAGCUACUCAGACCAUCGAGAUGACACCUGCAUCAGAACCUCCAUCAACACCGUUACCAGCUAUGAGACCAGAAUCUACUUCAGACAGUUCACCGUUAGCCAAGUCUUCACCUGUCAGUGUUCCCUCUCCCAGACUUCCUGGACAUGUCUCAAGUUCACCCCAUGGGAGAAAACUCUUGUUUGACAAUCCUUUGGAAGCCUUACCUAAGUGUGCACCUCAUCCACCUGCUGUUGUUCAGGUUUUAAGUGUCAGUAGUCAAGUUGCCACAGUGUCUAAAGUGGCAUCUACUUACGCUAGGAAAAUAACUCAGUCUGCCGAGUUGAGUGCUCCAGGUCCAGCAAGCUUAAUAACAAAUGAAGUCGGUAAAGAAAGUUCUCUAUCUGAUAAGCACACAGUAGCUACACAGACCUCUGAGCCACCCUUGCUCACAGUUGCACCAGCGGAGCCACCUUGUGCAGUCCAACACGUGGAAUCCAUACCUUCGGUGCCUCCUAUUCCUGACAGCUUCUACACUAGAAAAGCGCUGCCUGAAAAUCCAUUGGAAGAUCUGCCAAAGUUUUCUCCCAUCCCUGUUCCUUCUCCUUCCAGGCAGAGCUUAAAAGUUAUAAGCAGUGCUGCCGCUGCCGUGUCUGCUGCUGUUGCUGUACGGGCCAGACUCUCCGAUCCUAACGUCUACCGUUCGCUCUUGGAUGCCCUUCUCAUCACCCCUAUCACUAAACCUCCUCCUCUACAAAGUAUCAGGCCCUCAAGGAAAUCAACAAGUGCUUUGGAGUUGCAAAAGAAAGAGAGUGAUUCCCUGGAGGCUUCACAGCCUGUUGCUUAUGCCGCUGCCUCUGUGAGGAGCAUGCCUGUAAGUCCAGACAAAACUGACACCAGACCAGCUGCAGCCAAUAUCACAUCUGCUACAGCCUUUAAACCAACCGGACCUCAGAGUGCUGUCAAAUACUCAGGUUGGCAACCUUCAAACCAACCAGCUCCUGCGAGUGGAUGGACAUCAAACAAUAUGACACCGUCUGGUGCAACUGCACCAAGCGAUAAGUCUGUGACACAGCCUCAACUAACAGAGCAAGAUACUUUGGUGCAGAGAGCAGAGCAUAUUCCAGCAGGAAAGCGUACUCCUAUGUGUGCUCAGUGUAACCAGGUCAUUAGGGGACCUUUCCUGGUGGCUUUGGGGAAAUCCUGGCAUCCAGAGGAGUUCAACUGUGCUCACUGCAGAACCUCUAUGGCCUACAUUGGGUUUGUGGAAGAGAAGGGGGCUCUCUAUUGCGAGAUCUGCUAUGAGAAAUUCUUUGCCCCUGAAUGUUCUCGAUGCCAGAGGAAGAUACUUGGAGAAGUAAUCAAUGCUUUGAAACAAACUUGGCAUGUUUCCUGUUUCGUAUGUGUGGCCUGCCAUAAUCCCAUUCGCAAUAAUGUCUUCCAUUUGGAAGAUGGGGAUCCCUAUUGUGAGACAGAUUACUACGCCCUCUUCGGUACCAUGUGCUAUGGCUGUGAAUUCCCCAUUGAAGCUGGAGACAGGUUUCUUGAAGCCCUGGGCCACACCUGGCAUGACACCUGCUUUGUGUGCUCGGUAUGUUGUGACAGUUUGGAGGGUCAGACGUUCUUCUCCAAAAAAGAUAAGCCACUGUGCAAGAAGCAUGCUCACUCAGUGAACUUCUGAAGCUUAGGCCACAUAUAGUUAACAAACAUAAGGAAUGGAGAAGGUUGAAUUUCAUUAUAUGUCCAUUUUCAGUAGGCUAAUAAAAUAUGUAUAUAAGAUUUUAGGAAAUGGAAGAGAAAAGUGGGAACUUUGGGCUUUUUACAUAUGAAUGUUGAGAGUAUUUAUCAGUGAACAUUUUUGAAUCAGUAAAAAGAGAAGGAGGGUGAUCUGUAUACCAAGAGUAAAUUAUUGAGUGUAAAAAUACACACCUCACAGCGUAUUACUGUAUUGAUCUCAUGAUUUUUUAUGGCCAAAGUUAUAUUUGUUUCAAUAUCAAAAAUGAGGCUUACAGAUUUAGAGACCCGAUAAAAUGAAAGUUGCUUUUGCUGGUAUUCAGGGGAAAAAAGAGUGGGGGGAGGGGUUGCAUACACACACCAUUUUAUAGGAAUGAAUUUUUUUUUUUAAGGAAUGCAAUCAAAGAUGAGAAUUGGGGUAUUUGUGUCAUAAGUAAUGAAUGAAAUCUUUGCUGUGAUAACCAUAUUUUUAAGCCAAGGCUACGUUUAUAUGGAGUUUUUGUCUUUGGUAAUCAAGUCUUGAGCAGAUCUGCAAAGGGCAUCGCAGAGAUUUUUACAUAGCCACCAAAUGGUGGCAUUGCUUCUCUGCUAGAAAAUAGGUAUCUAAAAGAUGCCCUUUGAGCCACUAGAGAAAACACAUGGGACACUACUCUUCAAAAUGUUACAUACCACCAAAAUGCUAGCCAACAAAUCAGGGUGUGAAAUUGCAUCUGAGGGUACUCAAUAGUACUACACUUCAACUUCCAGUAGUUUGGAGGCAAUGUUUUAAAGCAGCUUAAAAUAUUGACAGUUUUCUAGAUAUUGGUGGGUUGGACUAAAACACCAGAGGGGGAAGCAGACUGGGCAAUUUUUAAGGCUCAGAAAAUAAUUUUAGUAGGACUGAUACUGCUUUUGAAACAACUAGAAUCUGGAGAGCUGGGGCUCAAAUAAAUACUUCCAGUGACAAUACUGUACACAGCACAUGUUUGGGAAGAGGAUGGAUAUGGACAGGUUUAAAAUGUACUGUAGUUUCUGCAGGUGAAAGUCUAUAUUUUAGAGGAGGAGAGAUGAAAAACUUCAAUAGAUUUCCCCCACACACACACACCCCCAGUUGGAAUUAUACUGCAGUUAACUCACAUUAAACAUUUAUUGUAGUGAUUCUUCUUAACCACCCACCGACCCAUCCCCCUUUGUGGACGAGGAUUUGGAAUUUCCCAGUUGCUAAGAAAUUCUAGACCCACAGUCUGGAAGGGGCUAACACUGCUGCGUUAUGCCGCAGUUUUAUCCUUUAAUUUGUGCUUUGUCUAUUUGUAUUAUAAACACACACACACACACGCACACAUGCUUCUAACCUAAAGUCACUGUUAAGUAAUUAAUAUUAAAUGGUGAAAACAAGUUAUAUAAACAAGCACACACAAAAAGGAACUAUAUAACUAUUAAUGUUUUUAAUAGGUGAGAUUCUAGUAGGGCACUUUAUAUCUCUCACUGAAUAUUUAUUAUUUUGGUUAGGAAUAUUCCAUAUUGGUAUCUUUUUUAUUUCACUUUUAAGGAAACCUUGCUUAUUUACUUCCAGAAUUUUUAGGUGUCUUUUUUGGCGGGGAGGGGGUGGCUACAGGCUUGAUGUAGUUCAACUGGGAACUUUACAACUUCCAAAAUUAUUUUUCAUGUGGGAUAUCCUCAACAAACAGUGUUCUGCUUUUGAGCAAAGGUUAGAAUUGUCUAGGGUCAAUCCUGCCUUCUAGAACAUAGCAGAUGUAUCAGAAACUACAUUAUAACUUAGAAAAUCAGCAACUGUGCUUUUUACGUGCAUGCUCUAAGUGAUUUCUCAAAAUAUGCCUCUUGGAGGGCAGGACUGAAUUUAAAUGUUUUGAGGUGAAAGUGGGUUUAGGGAUGCAUAAUUGAACCAUGAUGGCAGACUUUUCCAAGUUCAGUUACAUCAAGCAUACAGCUUUAUCUGUAAAUAUAAUAAUGAACGCUUAAUAGAACAUUAUCACAAUUUUAAAGGUAAUUGCUGGGUAAUGGGUGCAAUAUGUGUCGAUCCAUUCAGUAGUCUUUACCUGCUGUGUUUGCUGAAAUAAUAGCGUUUUCUAUUCAUAUGAAUGGCUUUGCAAACCGCAGUAAAGUGAAAAUACUUUCACAGAUUAUAAUUUCUCAAACCUCUGUGUUUUUUGCCUUGUUUUGUUUUAAAAAAAAAAAAAAAAUAGUUAAAGAAACCUGGUGAUUUGCUUGCUUGCUUUCUUUAUGAUGCUUUGGCUUCUACUUUUGACUUCACAUUUGCAAAUUUCAUAAGACAAAACUCUGUUCCUCUGACCAGUUUUGAUUCUAAAUAAAAAUGUAUGAAAAGCAGAGUCUGCAAAGCAGUAUCAUGAUGUACACGUAUUAAUAAACAGCUUUGGAGUUAUAUCUA